AGGAGCGCCUACCGAGCGUGCUGCUUGCGUUCCAACUGUCGCAAGGGCGGUGGGCGGCAACUGGUCCCGAACCCCUUCCGACGUCGCCACGAUUAGUGCAGCACAAGAUUUGGUCGAUCACUCAUAUGGGUCCGCAUGCACAAACCCCACUUCGAUCGCCAAGGUGUCGAGAUCUGCUCCUCCCUUUCCUUUCCGCCGAAACGCCAGUUCCCUACGAACCGAAAUGCUUUUUCUCAGCCCUGUCUCACUUGUCAUUCACAUGUUAUUUUCAAGACCCCGUCGUCAUAUAACAAUCGAUCUGGUUGUCACACUCACCAUAACAAGUCUAUUCAAUUCUGCGUCGUAACGAAACGCUGCCAAUCUUCAACGACGGUUUCCUAAGCCAGUUUUGUAGCAGCUGCUGAAUUGGGAGGGGUGGCAGUAACGGAUAGUGGAGGAACGAUGGGGCAGUCUAUCGGCACGUUGUUUGGGGGGAACCUCAAUUCUCUGGGAGGGGGCACCAGUAUCACAGCUGACGAAGUCACCAAGAAUUUGAGCCUCAACGGUUUGACGGCCAUUGUAACUGGUGCCUCAUCUGGUUUGGGGAAGGAAUGUGCUAGGGUGUUAGCCAAGCGCGGUGCGUAUGUAAUUCUAGCCGCAAGGAGAGUGAGCGUCCUGGAGGAAGUCAAAGCUCUUAUCACUGCUGAGACCCCAAACGCCAAAGUGGAGAUUAUGCCACUAGAUUUGUGUGACAUGAAGUCCGUGCAUCAGUUUGCGGAAGAGUACAAGCGGAAGAAUCUGCCUCUUAACCUUCUUAUGAACAACGGAGGAAUUUUUGCGAAGCACUUCACACCUACGGCAGACGGCAUCGAGGUCAUGUGGAUGACUCACGUUGUUGGUCACUAUGCUCUCACAAUGUGUCUCAUGGACAAGCUUAAGGAGACAGCCGCGCAGAGUGGCGUGGAAAGCCGGAUUGUGUUCACGGGGUCUGAAGCUCACCGCGUUGCUUACGAAGGCGGAAUAAAUUUUGAUGCUCUGACAGAUCCAAGCAAGUACACAGCAUAUCAGGCGUAUGGCCAGUCAAAAAUUGGAGAUAUUCUUCUAGCGAAGAUGAUAGGAGAACAGUUGAAGGCUGAGGGCGUGAACGUAGUUGCUAACGCGGCUCACCCCGGAGCGGUGAAGACUUCAUUGGGCAAGAAUUUCUUCGAGAAGGGUACCACAGAGGUUGGCUAUGCAGUCUCGAAGCCAUUCAUCAAAUCUCCGGAACAGGGAGCGGCAAAUCUUAUUUAUGUAGCAGUAGCUCCAGAGCUGGAAGGAGUAUCAGGUAAGUUCUUCUCCGACAUGAAGGAAGUUAAUCCGAACAAAUAUGCGAGCAGUCCCGAGCUCGGUCAGAAAGUUAUGAAAUGGUGUGAAGAUUUUGUGGCUAAGAAAAUGAAUGCCUGAGCAACUGUGAGUAGAGGUCGCCAGUAUGGAUAAUUGGAUAAAUAUCCCUCAAGUCGUUUAAUGUUGAAAAGAUUUCUAGUUGGUACAAUGAACCAUCGAAUAUGGACGUGGUUAACUCCGGCAAAUAGUGAAAGCUUGUGAAGUGACUGGACGCUAUGUGAAUAAAAAAAACUCCAGUUUCCUGUCAUGACUGGACUUCUUAGCUGUAAAA